AUGGUAGCUGUCGAGAGGCGUGUUUUCGCUCAUAAAAUAGCAUCGCACUGUGUUGAGUUGAUUUGGUUGUGCAUGCGUGUGUUAACCACUGCACAAGUUGAAAGGAAGUCUGUUGCGUUGCUGAACGACAAUGUAGUUUCGGAUUUCGAGCAAGCAGGCUUCAUCAUUAGUCGCGUGUUUAAAGUUAACAAAUCAAUUAAUCAUUUAAGUCGUGCGUCUCCAGCCCAACUUGUUGGCGGUCUGGAGACGAAAGGUCACAACCACUCGAAAUUUAAAAUAACCGUAGUGAAUACUCCUAGUCCGAGUCCAACUUCGUUGCCACCUUCACCUCCGCUCAUAAGCAACAACACUACGACGCCGACCUUGCAGCAACUUAAUAUGGUUGAGACAACAACAUCGCCAACAGGUAUUGCAAUAAAGCGUUGUGCGUCAAGUCCGCUUAGUGAACAACAACUGCAGCAACAUCAGCACAAUUUGCACCAACAACUACAACAACAGCAACAACAUUUGCAUAACAGUCUUAGCACAAGCAACAAUAUGAAUAACAACAAUAUACUGAGCACCAAUAACGGCGGUUCCAAUCUAUCACGACAAAAUAUCAGAUCAUCUCCUGUUCAUCAGAAUACUGUGCAAAAUACAGCGCGUGCGAACGCCGCCUAUUUGACGACAGCAAUGCUCUUUAACUCGCAACAAUGCGGCUAUUUAGGACAACGUUUACAAAGCGCUGUCUUUCAACAUCAGCAACAACAGCACCAACAGCAACAGUUGUCCCAAACUCCCUCAGAUGAUGGCUCCCAAUCUGGUGCUACAAUAAUUGAUGACGAACGACCGAUGCGUACGACCGUCGGUACAGCUACUACAGCUGCAGCUGCUGCUGCCUCACUUUUUACGAUCGAUAGUAUACUGGGCUCUCGAUCGGCGGCGGCUGUUAAUAGCAACAACAAUAAUAAUAACAACAACAGCAUAAACAAUAACAGUAUUAUGCAUAUAAAACGCUCUGAAUCGCCGGCUUCACCUAGUUCCAAUUCAAGUUCGGCUGCUACAAGUCCCAUACGCCCACAACGUGUUCCCGCCAUGUUGCAACAUCCAGGCUUACAUUUGGGCCACUUAGCAGCUGCGGCAGCAACUGGCUUUGCAGCAUCACCGUCGGAUUUUCUAGUGGCGUACCCGAAUUUUUAUCCAAAUUAUAUGCAUGCAGCAGCAGUAGCUCAUGUGGCAGCUGCUCAAAUGCAAGCGGCACAUGUAAGCGGUCAUGCUCCUGGUCUAUCACAUCCCGGACAUUCACAUCACACACAUCACUUGCAUCAUCCACAUCACUCACAUCAUGUUGCCGCACAUUUGGGUCAUGGUCCACCGCCUAAAAGAAAACGGCGCCAUCGCACCAUAUUCACAGAGGAGCAAUUAGAACAGCUAGAGGCGACCUUCGAUAAAACCCAUUAUCCUGACGUAGUGCUGCGUGAACAAUUGGCAUUAAAAGUCGAUCUUAAAGAGGAAAGAGUGGAGGUCUGGUUCAAAAACCGACGGGCAAAAUGGCGCAAACAAAAGCGUGAAGAGCAGGAACGUCUUCGCAAAUUACAGGAAGAGCAGUGCGGUGGUGCAAAUAGCGGUGGCAGCGCUGGUUCCGUUGCUACAGCUGUGGCGAAUUUGAAAUGCUCGCCGGAAGAUUAUGCAGGUCAUAUGCAUAUAAAAACCGAUCCGAAUUAUAGUGAUGCGGAUGAAUCCUCCGAUUUGGAAGUGGCAUAAAAUUUCCUUAGAAC